UGCUAAAAGGCGAGAAAGUGCAGCACAGCACAGUUGCCACCUUCUCACCCCGAUAAAUAUCUUCCUGAGUCGGUGAAUUUGGCACUCUUUUCGCCCAUAUUUCUCUGCAAAAUCUAGGGACAACCAUGAAUCGUCAUCACGAUCCCAACCCUUUUGAAGAAGAGGAGGUUAAUCCAUUUUCGAAUGGUGCUGCUGCCCCAGGAUCAAAAUCACGUAUUCCACCACUGGCAUCUGAACCACUGGGUUUUGGUCAAAGAUAUGAUGCGACAGUUGAUAUUCCAUUAGAUAACAAGAAUGACUCCAGGAAAAAAGAGCAAGAACUAGCAACUUGGGAAGCAGAUCUAAAAAGGAAAGAAAAGGAUAUAAGAAGGAGAGAAGAAGCUCUUUCUCAAGCUGGUGUUCCCGUUGAUAAUAAGAAUUGGCCUCCAUUUUUUCCAAUCAUUCAUCAUGAUAUUGCCAAUGAGAUACCGGCUCAUGCUCAAAGGAUGCAAUAUUUGGCUUUUGCAAGUUGGUUAGGAAUUGUUCUGUGCCUGGCUUUUAAUGUAGUUGCUGUGACUGUGUGUUGGAUUAGAGGCGGUGGGGUUAAAAUUUUUUUCCUUGCUGUGAUCUACAUGUUACUUGGAGUCCCCAUGUCAUACGUGCUUUGGUACAGACCCCUCUACAAUGCUGUGAGGACAGAUAGUGCAUUCAAGUUUGGUUGGUUUUUCCUGAUUUACAUGCUGCAUGUUGCGUUUUGUGUCUUUGCUGCUAUUGCUCCUCCAGUUGUGUUUCAUGGAAAGUCAUUAACGGGUAUUCUAGCAGCAAUUGAUGUCUUCUCAGACCAUGUAUUGGUUGGGAUAUUCUAUUUGGUUGGAUUCGCCUUGUUUUGCUUGGAGACUCUCCUUAGUUUGUGGGUGCUUCAGAAAGUCUACUUGUAUUUCAGGGGGAACAAGUGAGAUUUUCUUCUUCAAGGUGUGCAGUGGGCUUUUAGAUCGUCAGUCACAUACUAAGUGGCUCGUAUAUUCUUUUUCUUUCUCCUCCCCCCCUUAUGAUAUCUCCCUAUCUACGGCUUUUAGAUCAGAGUGUUUAGUGUGUCUUCCUGUGGAUGUGUGACUCCAAUCUCCCUUCCCUUUGACUGAUUCUUUUUGCUUUUUGGUAGCAUAGUGGCAUCCGGAUUUUUUUUUUUUUUCCUUCGAUCAUUGAAAUAUAUAUUGAGUGAAACAGAAGAUCCCGUGGUUUUGAUAUGCUUCUUCAUUAACGCGCCUCUCAAUACUUACAGACUAUGGGAUUGCACUAUCUUGUAGUGAGAUGAGUCAUAGUCUACAUUUAAAA